AUGGAGGGGGUCAUUGUCCCCAGUCCUCCCUACAGCCCUCCAUACAACCCUCCCUACAGCCCUCCAUACAGCCCUCCCUACAACCCUCCUUAUAGCUCUCCAUACAACCCUCCCUACAGCCCUCCAUACAACCCUCCCUAUAGCUCUCCAUACAACCCUCCCUACAGCCCUCCCUACAACCCUCCCUACAGCCCUCCCUACAGCCCUCCCUACAGCCCUCCCUACAGCCAUCCCUCCAGCCCUCCCUACAACCCUCCCUACAACCCUCCCUAUAGCCCUCCCUACAGCCCUCCCUACAGCCCUCCCUACAACCCUCCCUACAACCCUCCCUAUAGCCCUCCCUACAACCCUCCCUACAACCCUCCCUACAGCCCUCCCUACAGCCCUCCCUAUAGCCCUCCCUACAGCCCUCCCUACAGCCCUCCCUAUAGCCCUCCCUACAGCCCUCCCUAUAGCCCUCCCUACAACCCUCCCUACAGCCCUCCCUACAGCCCUCCCUACAGCCAUCCCUACAGCCCUCCCUACAACCCUCCCUACAACCCUCCCUACAGCCCUCCCUACAGCCCUCCCUACAGCCAUCCCUACAGCCCUCCCUACAGCCCUCCCUACAGCCAUCCCUCCAGCCCUCCCUACAACCCUCCCUACAGCCCUCCCUACAGCCCUCCCUACAGCCAUCCCUACAGCCAUCCCUACAGCCCUCCCUACAACCCUCCCUACAGCCCUCCCUACAGCCAUCCCUCCAGCCCUCCCUACAACCCUCCCCUACAGCCAUCCCUCCACCCUCCCUAUAGCCCUCCCUACAACCCUCCCUAUAGCCCUCCCUACAACCCUCCCUACAACCCUCCCUAUAGCCCUCCCUACAGCCCUCCCUAUAGCCCUCCCUACAACCCUCCCUAUAGCCCUCCCUACAGCCCUCCCUACAACCCUCCCUACAACCCUCCCUACAGCCCUCCCUACAGCCCUCCCUAUAGCCCUCCCUAUAGCCCUCCCUACAACCCUCCCUAUAGCCCUCCCUACAGCCCUCCCUACAGCCCUCCCUAUAGCCCUCCCUAUAGCCCUCCCUACAGCCCUCCCUAUAGCCCUCCCUACAACCCUCCCUCCAGCCCUCCCUACAGCCCUCCCUACAACCCUCCCUAUAGCCCUCCCUACAACCCUCCCUACAACCCUCCCUACAGCCCUCCCUACAGCCCUCCCUACAGCCCUCCCUAUAGCCCUCCCUACAGCCCUCCCUACAGCCCUCCCUACAACCCUCCCUAUAGCCCUCCCUACAACCCUCCCUACAACCCUCCCUACAGCCCUCCCUACAGCCCUCCCUAUAGCCCUCCCUACAGCCCUCCCUACAGCCCUCCCUAUAGCCCUCCCUACAGCCCUCCCUAUAGCCCUCCCUACAACCCUCCCUACAGCCCUCCCUACAGCCCUCCCUACAACCCUCCCUACAGCCCUCCCCUACAGCCCUCCCUACAACCCUCCCUACAGCCCUCCCUACAGCCCUCCCUACAGCCCUCCCUACAGCCCUCCCUAUAG